AAUGUGAAUUUGAUCAGGAGAUCAUCGAAUAUUCUUUUAUUUCUCACUGGAAAAAUGAAAAGCCUGAAGUUAAGCUAGCAUAUGAAAACAUCGCCAAGGAAGUCGAAAAAGAAUUAAAUGACAUUAGGAUCAAAGACUUGGUUUAUGCUGAUAUUCACGAAAAAUGUAGAAGAAAAAGAAGAAAAAAUAUUGAAAAGCGUGCUCGUAGAUCGGCGGCUUCUCUUGAUUCCUUUGAUGCAUGUAAAAAUUUUGUGUCAACUAUUGAUUUUUCUAUUAAGGAUCCACCUGUUGAGUCAAAUAAUGCUCUAUCCUCCUGUCCAUUCACUGAUAAAGCACUUCCGGAUUCUUACUCAGCAUUAAAUAAUACUAAUGCAUUCGAUGACAUUACUCAGUUUUACGAUGAUAAUGUUUUUAAUUACAUUAUUACCGAGCCUAAUAAUCCUAUUUGUGAAAGCAAUGUCGAAUCAAAUUUCGUUUAUGACACUAGUAUGAAUGCUAAUAUUUCCGCUACAUCACAAAUUGAUUCGUUCACAUUUCUUGUACCUGAGCAUCACUCAGACAUCGCUUCACCAUAUGAUUCUGCAUCUGCAAGUCCAACAAUCUCUGAAUAUUCCGAUUUUUUUCCUCAAUUAACCGAAGAUUUUCAACCGUGCGAAUUUUAUCUUGAGAAUGCGUCGCAAGCCAUUAUUUGUUUAGACAAUAGUAUAAUUGGAGGAAUUCCUGAUUGUCUCUCAUAA